UAGAAUAGUUUUAGAAAUACAUUUUAUCCGUUCUUGGCCAAAUGUGUGGUAGUAAGCAGGUCCAUUAUUUUGACAAUAGAGCUGGUGAAUACGCCCCUGGGUGCACAAUUGCGCGCGUGCCUAAUCUUCGCCGCUGUCACAUUCUGUCAAGCCCCGGUCGUCAGCCUGAGCUCAUCAGCCAUGCUGUCUCUAACUGUAAAGAGCAUAAAUCCAAGGCAUUAAGUGUCGCUUGGCGCGGUUCCGGGCCACUGCGAAAAACGACGGCUCCCAAUCGCGAUCAAACAUGUACCGUAUCGUUUCCGAUCUAACAGCCGAUACGGGUGUGUCUACGCGCGUGUUCCGAUACGUGACCAAGUAUGUCAGUCAGUUCGUAAAAGUGCGACGUGUGCCGUAGCCGUAGCAAGCAUUAGGUUACCGGUAAACAGGAAUUCCCUAACGAUGUCAGCUGACAUCCUGCAGGACAGAGGUGUAGCCUUGAAUGGCAAGAACGAUAUACCGGUAGCCCCGCAGCCAACAACCAGGGGUGGACUCAGAGUCUACAAGAUCGUUGUUUUGGGCGACGGUGGGGUUGGUAAAUCAGCUAUCACUCUGCAAUUUGUCAGUCACAGCUUCCUUGACUAUCACGAUCCAACAAUAGAGGAUUCGUACCAACAACAGGCAGUCAUAGAUGGUGAGGCUGCGCUGUUAGAUAUAUUGGAUACUGCUGGACAGGUAGAAUUCACAGCUAUGCGUGAUCAAUAUAUGAGAUGUGGAGAGGGCUUUAUGAUAUGUUAUUCUGUAACAGAUAGGCAUAGUUUUCAGGAAGCUUUAGAAUAUCGAAAAUUGAUAUCUCGUGUAAGGGCUAAUGAGGAUACACCGUUGGUGUUGAUCGGCAAUAAGUUUGAUUUACAACACCAAAGAAAGGUAACUACAGAGGAGGGGAAGGCACUUGCUGAUCAGCUUGGUUGUCCAUUCUAUGAAACAUCUGCAGCACUUAGACAAUUUAUAGACGAUGCAUUUUACUCGUUAGUCAGACAAAUUCGGGCUAAAGAGAGAUCGCGGAAUUCGGUGCGUAAGCACAGCCGCUGGUGGCGAUUACGAUCGAUAUUUGCCUUUAUUUUCAGAAGAAAACAAAGACACAAUAGCAAUCAUCACUAUUCCCCGUGAAUGUGAUCAUUUUAAUAGAGGUCUUAUUUGAUAGCGUGUAUUUUAAAUUGAUAAAACAUAGCAACACAAAUGGUUGAAACUUCCAUAGAUUACAACGAACAAAAUUUUGUGUGAUUUUUUACAUUUUAUAGCAGUCUCUCUAGCCAGAGACUUAUUCACUCACAUCACACUGCCUUAUCUUUAACCCCAUUAUAUUUUGAACAUAACAAUGGAGACAUUAAACAUAGACUGCCAUACAUGGUUCUUAUCAUAGGCCCUGCAACAUUACGUUGAAUUAGAUUUAAUUGUCUUUACUGCUCAAAAAGGAGUUGAACAUAGGAUAUAUUGUACUACAUGAUAAAGGUUUUAGUUUUCUUGAGAGUACAGUUUUGAUAUGGCAGUAGUAUGACAGUAAUAGUAUUUUCACAAUUCUCUGUCUCCUGAUACGAUAGCUCUUUCAUUAUUAUUUAUUAAAAAGGCUGUUAAUGUUAUUUAUAGUAUAUUGUAUUGAGCAAAGUAAUAGAUAACUGAAAUUGAUAUGCCUAAUCCAUACAGGAAUAGUUUACUUACGUACUGUUUAAAUUAUUAUAGUCACGACCAGUUGUUGUCUCUUUCUAUGCAGAAUUUAAAUUUUAAUUGCCAGAAUACAACUGUUACAUACGACCAAAGAAAUUAACAUUCAGUGCUGAGGUAACAUGAAAUACAAAGUAAAGAAUUUGUAAAUGCGAGAUGUAGGGAAAGCUUUAUAAUACUAACUGUUAUCUUGUCCUAAUUAACGAUACGAAGUUAACAAUUUGAAUUUUAUUUAUACUAAUUUAGUUUUUACAGAAAUAAGAUUUACGAAUGAUUUUAUAUUGAAUUAAAAGUAGAUCAUUAUAAUGUAUAUGAAAGUUAUAAUUAUUUGUAAAGUUUACAGAUGUUACAUAUUUAAAAGUCGCACAAAGCGUAAGCAUUUUUAAAAAGACAUUUUACGAUCAAAAGAAAUAUUUACACGAAUAUAUUUUUAUGUUUAAAGAUUAAACGAAUAAUGAUAGCAGUUUGAAAUGAUAUAGCAAGUCAACAGAAUUUUACAUUUGUGGACUACCAAAACUUCUGAAAUGGCUCCUAAAAAAAAAAAAAAAAUCGAAGUUUAUUAAAUUAAAACUAACACUAUAUACGUAUACAUAUAAUAGACUCUAUUUUCACGAUUCCUGAUAUUUGUUAUUUAUUGAAAUUUUUAACUCGCGCAGCUUCAGAAUACACGCUUUCAUUUUUAGAGUGUGUAAGGAAGUAUACAGUUAUAGACGAAUCGUGACAGUUUAGCGAUAUAUUAAUAGAAUUAUAUGCUUUAAAUAGUUGCCACGUAAUAGAGCAAAUUUCUAAUGGCAAAUAGUCAUAAUAUAAAAGAAAAGAAUAGUUGAAUGUAAGUUUAUAUAAUAAACAUCUAGUCGUUACUUAAUGUUUCCUAGUCAAGUUUUGCAUUUUGUUAUACACAUAAUAAUUUACAGUUUAAAUAUGCAGUUAUAAAAUUUGAUUAAACCCGAUUUAACACGAUUGUUUGUAUGUUUAUGAU